AUGCGGCCGGAUGCUGGGGUCGCUGCCGCGCUGCACGGCGACACGGCUGCGGGCAACCGCACGCUGCUGACCCACUUUGUCCUCCUGGGGCUGACGAGCGACCCAAAGCUGCAGGCUCCGCUCUUCAUCAUCUUCCUCGUGAUUUACCUCCUCACCCUGAUGGGCAACCUCGGGCUGAUCGCCUUGAUCCGGACGCACCCCCGCCUGCACACCCCCAUGUACUUCUUCCUCUGCAACCUCUCCGUCGUGGAUCUUUGCUACUCCUCCGUCUUUUCCCCAAAGCUGCUCGUUGGCUUCUUGGUGGAGAAGAAAACCAUCUCCUACUCCGCCUGCUUCGCCCAGCAUUUUUUUUUCCUUGCCUUUAUCACCACGGAGGUGUUCUUGCUGGCCGCCAUGGCGUACGACCGCUACGUCGCCAUCUGCAACCCUCUGCUCUACGCCGUGGCCAUGCCCCGGAGGCUCUGCCACCAGCUGGUGGCCGCCUCGUACCUGGGGGGGGUUCUGAACUCGCUCGUCCAGACGUGCUGCCUGCUGCCCUUGCCUUUCUGCGGCCCCAACGUCAUCAACCAUUUCUUCUGCGACACCAACCCUCUGCUGAAGCUCACCUGCUCCGACGACCACCUCAAUGAGCUUCUGCUCGUGACCUUCAACGGGACCAUUUCCAUGUCCGUGCUCUUCAUCAUCAUCAUCUCCUACGCCUACAUCCUCCUCUCCAUCCUGCGGAUCCGCUCCGCCGCGGGACGGCACAAAGCCUUCUCCACCUGCGCCUCCCACCUCCUGGCCGUCGCCUUGUUCUACGUGCCCGCGGGGCUCAGCCACAUGCAGCCGGGCUCCGAGUACUCGCUGGAGAUGGAGAAGGUCACCGCCGUGUUCUACACCCUCCUCGUCCCCAUGCUCAACCCGCUCAUCUACAGCUUGAGGAACAGGGAGGUCAAGGAUGCGCUUCAAAAAGCGACGGAAAAUAACAUUUUUAUGCAUUGCCUACUGACCAAACGGACCCCAACCGGUCGAUAA